AUGGAUAUGCAACGUCGUCCUUCUUUAUCAAGUUUAUCUUCAACAUCUGGUUAUUCUUCUUCAACUUAUAAUAAUAAUAAUAAUCAAAAUCAAAAUCAAAAUCAACAACAACAAAACAGUAAUAGUUCUAAUAGUAAUACUAAUGCAAACAAUACUCCAAGAUUAUCUAAUCAAAGAUUAAAUAAUAGAACUAACUGGUUAAAUGCUGCUUCAAAUGUUGGCCCUUGGGUUGAACAACAACAACAACGGGUUGAACAACAACAACAACAAACUUUAGAAACAACCUCUCGAACUACAACAAAACCUGAAGAAAUUGAUGAUAAUAAUGCUGCUAAUGACGUAACUACAAAUAAUAAUGAUAAUGAUGAUGACGAAUUAAUUCCCACUGCAAUUGUUAUAAAAAAUAUUCCAUUUGCAAUUAAAAAAGAACAAUUAUUAGAUGUUAUGACAAAAUUAAAUUUACCUUUACCUUAUGCUUUUAAUUAUCAUUUUGAUAAUGGUGUUUUCCGUGGUUUAGCAUUUGCUAAUUUUACUUCAACUGAUGAAACUGCUUUAGUUGUUAAUCAAUUAAAUGGUAGAGAAAUUGGCGGACGAAAAUUAAGAGUUGAAUAUAAAAAAAUGUUACCAUUACAAGAAAGAGAAAGAAUUGAACGUGAAAAGAGAGAAAAACGAGGCCAAUUAGAAGAACAACAUAGAUCGACUUCAAAUGCAAGCUUAGCAAGUUUAAUAUCUGCUGCUUCUACCACUGCUGCUACCAAAAAUUUAUCAGUUGCUGGUGGUGUUACACCAUCUCAUACAACUGAACGAUUAUUUUUAAAUUUACCUUUUAAUAAUUCAUCAUUUAAUCAACCUCCAAUUGAAUUAAAUUUUAAUGAUCCUGAAAUCUUAGAAUUAUAUACUCAAUUAAUUCUUUAUAGAGAUGAUAUUAGUAAAUCAAUUUUUGAAAUUGCAGUUUCACCAAAUUUAAAUUUAUAUCAAAGAAAAGCAAUUACUUUAUUAUGUCAAUAUUUGAAUUUAAGUGAAUUAUUUGAUAAUGGUACAAAUUUAAUUAUAAUUAGAAGAAAAAUUACUCAACCACAACAACAACCAUUAAAUCAAUCAUUAAAUCAACCUCAAAUACCUCCAUUAUUAAGAUCUCAAUCACAACCUCAAUUACAAGAACAAGUAAUAGCACCACCAAAUCAAAUACCACCAGUAAAUACAUUACAAAUGAAUCCAGUUCAUACACCAAAUCAAUCAAAUUUUCCAAUUUAUAAUCAUCAUUCUCAUGCUACUCAUCCUCAUCAUCAAUUUCAACAAGUUCAACAACCAAAAUCUAAUGCUGCUGCAUUAUUAAGAUCAAAUAGUAAUAGAUCAUAUGUUGAUGUUAGAGGAACAGUACCAAAUCAACAACAACAACCUACAAAUCAAAAUCCACCAUCUUCUUCACCACAUCCACAACCACAAUUUUUUAAUAAUAAUAACUCAACUCCACAAACUCCUUUAACUAAUUCAAAUAAUGAAAUUAAUUCAAGAUUUCAACCUUUUAGUAGUGGAAUCUGGGGUCCAAAGUAA